AUGGCUGAUACAGAGCAGAACGUGCUUUUCAACUCAGCGUUGAAGCAAUCAACGGCCGUUCGUCGUGAUCUGGAGACAUUUGCCCAGGCACCUGCUACUGCGUCUUCCGCCCUCCAAGGACAGAUAUCCACCACCCUGACGAGUCUCUCACGCACGCUCGACGACUAUCAGAAUCUAUCACGAAAUGAACUGAACCAGGAGAAGAAAGAAAAGGCUAUCGAGAGGUUGAAGAAUUUUCGAGCGGAUCUAGCCUCCUACCGAACGCAGUUUGAACAGUUGAAAAAGGAGCGCGAAGGUGCCGUGGCUGCAAACAAUAGAAAUGAACUCCUAGGUCGACGACCGCAUCAUACUGCCACGCCUGAGAAUCCUUAUGCCCACGCCGUCGGUCAGUCUGCGUUCGCCCCUGCACACGGCAAUUCACAAGAGGGGCUAUCAUUUGGUGCUGGACCCAAUACUUACGCGCGGGAGGAACAUGCCCUGCGCGAACAGAAUUUCUUCAGUACUGCCAAUGCCCAAUUGGACGAAUUUCUCGAUCGAGGCCGAGCCGUGCUCGGUGACUUGGGACAGCAGCGAGAUCUCCUCAAAGGGACACAGAGGAGACUCUACAGUGUCGCGAACACCCUUGGUGUCAGUGGAGAUACCAUCCGCAUGGUCGAGCGAAGAGCCAUGCAGGACAAAUGGAUAUUCUGGGGUGGCGUAGCCGGCUUCUUCCUGUUCUGCUUCCUGGUUAUCCACUAUUUGAGAUGA